CGAAGCACGUGGUAAAUACGCAUUGAUUUCAAUCUGCAUCCGGGACAAAUUUUCGGCAUCAGGAAUAUGUUUUCACAAAAGGUGACAGCGUUUGUUAAACGCAAAGAGAGUUACGUUCGGAAACUGUCUUUCUACAAGACUGACAAGGAACCGAAUGACAAUGAGUACAAGAGGAUCGUCGACAUUCUCUGCAAAUUCCUGAUGAAUCCAGAUUCCACAGAAGAUGUCGCAGAGUGUUUCUUAGAGAUUCUAGAUGUAUUAGUUAUCAGAAGUAUUUCAGUGGCCGAGCCCUGUAGCAGUGAUGCGCUUCAUAGAUUGAACUCUGUUAUUCUUGGGAAGCUACUUCAUAUAGAUCCGAAUUUAUUAGUGUACGUUCAACGGUACUUCGACAAAAAUCCAGCACCAUUCCAGUCUGUAGAAAUUGAUGGCGCUCCUGUGAAAAGGUGUAGGAUAGAAGAGACAGAAGUAUUCGAUUAUGAAUUGGUCACUUCUUGUUACAAUAUUCUCUGCAGUGCACCGAUGUAUUUCAAGCAUAAAUGGAACUGGUCCAAGUUCUAUCAGUAUUUGACACACGAUGCUGAAGGUGUCAGAUGGGUAGCAAUUAAUUGCCUGGCUGUCGUAUUAGACAUGUCAGAAUCUUGUUACCUAUCGCACGUAAAUAGUUUCACUGAGAAGCAUCAAGAAUUUUCUAUCGAAUUUAAGAAACUUCAUCGAAACAUUGUAACAACUGAAGGUACAAUAGAAUUAGACGAAAUACUCGACGAGCCUUUAGUCGUAUCAAUUGGAGGGAUCUUGCUCCCAGUUUUCCAAAAAUCUACACUUAAAACAGAAUUAAAUUUGGUGCCUGUUCCAUCGACGCGACGUAAUCUACAGAACCUGGCCUUGGCAGUGUCUUCUAACAAGUGCGUCUGCCUGCAAGGCGCAGUUGGUUCAGGGAAAACUGCUCUGGUCGAAUUCUUAGCACAAGCAACUGGUCGCGACGCGCAGAGCUUUGCGAGAGUACAAUUGGGCGAUCAAACAGACUCUAAGAUGUUGCUGGGAAUGUACAGAUGCACUGAUAUCCCCGGAGAAUUUUUAUGGGAGCCUGGGAUAUUGACGGAGGCUGUGCAAUCUGGGAAGUGGCUGCUGCUCGAAGACAUCGAUUGCGCCGCAACAGACGUCGUUAGCGUUGUUAGGCAGCUCGUAGAAAAUAAGACGUUGUCGGUUCCCGGGUAUAGAGACUCUGUACAAGCGAGAACUGGAUUUCAAUUGUUUGUUACUAGAAGAUUAACGUCCGGCUCGCAAACAUCACAGAUAUCUUUGCAAAAAGAAUGGUUCUGCGUGAAUGUAGAAUCAUUAUCGAAGGACGAACUCGUAACGAUUGUUCAGACGAUGUUUCCGAUUUUGAAUACGAUAGCAACGAGACUUGUCGAUGUUUAUUUGGUGUUCGUCGCGAGACACGAGGAUGUCGUAAAGCAUGCUAGAUUAAUUUCUACGCGAGAUUUGAUCAAAUGGUGUUCCAGGGCGAUUGUAGAUUUCGAUGUAUCAUCGCCUACGUCUGCGUUGAAAAUAUUCCAAGAUGCUCUCGACACGUUCUGCUGUUCGGUUCCUAAUUCGGUUCAGCGAUCGAAUUUAGCGGUUGCCGUGGCGCAUAAGUUAGGUAUCGUGAAAACGAAGGCAGAAUACUUCUGCGAUGUACACAAACCGACUAUAAAUAUUCACAGCGAAUGCCUCAUCGUUGGCAGAGCGAAGUUGAGGGUCAAAAAAGCGGACCGAGUUAAAUUAGAAUCGAGAAAUGCAAACUUUUCAUAUACGAGACCGUCUGUGUGUCUUUUGGAGAGGAUAGCAAGUUGCGUGGUUCAGAAGGAGCCAGUUCUUCUCGUGGGAGAAACUGGUACAGGGAAAACGAGCUGCGUGCAGUACCUUGCACAGAUAACAGGCCAUAAAUUGAUCGUAAUAAAUAUGAACCAGCAGAGCGAGAGUACGGACUUGUUAGGUGGUUAUAAACCAGUAGAUUUAAAAUUGUUAAUUCGACCGAUUCGAGAGGAGUUUGAAAUCGCAUUCAGAUCGUAUUUCGAAAUUAAACCGAAUCAGAAAUUCUUAAGCCACCUUGCGCGUUGCUUUGAAGAUAGAAAAUGGAAGACGCUGACCUCGCUGAUGAUACACAGUUCCAACGCUGCUUUGAGGAGACUCCAGGUUUCUUCGAGUAGCCAAAAGGAAAUGGAAAUGUUGAAGAAGUGGCAGAAAAUAGUGCAGAAGCUGGAGAAACUUCAAACUCAAGUGCAGAGCCAAUAUUCACUGGCGUUUUCGUUCGUCGAAGGCAGUUUGGUAAAGGCGUUGAAAAACGGGGAUUGGGUUCUGUUGGACGAAAUUAAUUUAGCCACCGCGGAGACGCUGGAAUGUCUCUCUGGCUUACUGGAAGGAUCCUGUGGAUCAUUGUCUUUAUUAGAGCGAGGAGACAAGGAACCGAUCGAGAGGCACCAAGACUUCGCCAUUUUCGCUUGCAUGAAUCCUGCGACUGAUAUUGGCAAACGAGAUCUUCCAGUGGGACUCAGAAACAGAUUCACAGAAUUCUUCGUCGACGAACUAACAGAGAAGUCAGACUUGCAAUUGUUAGUGAAUUCAUAUCUGAAGGAUUUGAAUCUUCCGUCAGAGAAAAUUGCGGGUAUCGUUAAGUUUUAUUUAAAUGUAAGGAAGGAAACAGAGACUAGUCUUUUAGAUGGUACUGGCCACAAGCCACAUUAUAGUUUACGGACACUCUGUCGUGCUUUGAGUGUAUCUGCCAAGAAUCCUUGCGCGAACGCGUUGAGAUCCUUGUACGAAGCAUUUUGCCUCAGUUUCUUAACACAAUUAGAUAGUAAUUCGUAUCCGGUUGUUCAGAGGAUGAUAGUGAAAGCUAUCUUAGGGGAGAAGGCCGCGAGUGCUAUAAUCAGCACUCCGAUCCCAAGGCCGCGUGGCCACGAUAGUUUCAUCUGUUUCGAAGGAUACUGGAUCCCUAAGGGCGAUCUCGAACCGCAGUUACCUAGAGAUUAUAUACUCACAGAAACUGUGAGACAGAACUUAAAAGACUUAGUUCGAGUAGUGUCCAUUGGGAAAAUGCCAGUACUGUUGCAAGGCGAUACCUCGGUUGGCAAGACUAGUUUAAUAACGUACUUAGCGAAGGCUUCUGGUCACUCCUGUGUUAGAAUUAAUAAUCACGAACAUACGGACUUGCAAGAAUACAUAGGGACUUACGUAGCUGAUUCUACGGGGAGAUUAGUGUUCAAGGAAGGAGUUCUGGUGGAUGCUAUGAGAAAAGGACACUGGAUCAUCUUGGACGAGUUGAAUCUAGCACCCAGCGACGUCUUAGAAGCUCUUAACAGAGUCUUGGAUGAUAACAGAGAAUUGUUCAUUCCUGAGACUCAACAGGUUGUCAAGGCUCACGAGAACUUUAUGCUCUUCGCUACUCAAAAUCCUCCGGGCUUGUACGGUGGGAGGAAGGUCCUUUCACGUGCGUUUAGGAACAGGUUCGUCGAACUUCAUUUCGACGAGAUACCACCGAAGGAGUUGCAAGUGAUAUUACAGAAAAGGUGUAAAAUGCCUGAGACGUAUUGCAAGCAAGUGAUUAACGUGAUGACGGAGCUUCAGUUACGAAGGAAGAGCACCGCGACUUUCGCUGGGAAGAAGGGAUUUAUAACUCUCAGAGAUCUGUUUCGUUGGGCUGAGAGGUAUCAUCUUGCGCCAGAUACUGGGACCAGUUUGUAUGAUUGGAGCCAACAUUUGGCAGACGAAGGGUACUUGGUUCUCUCUUCGAAGGUUCGUCGCCAAGAGGAGUGUUCAGAAAUAAUUCAAGUCUUGAAGAAACAUUUAAAAAGGGACGUGGACCCGGAAGCUUUGUUCUCGCUUUCUGAGAAGACGUCGACGGUGACGAAACCGAUCCUGCAGUCACUUCUGUCUGGGCCAAUUCCAGGCUUCGAGCAUUUAGUUUGGACAUUCCAAAUGCGUAAAAUGGCUGUACUUCUCUCGAAGGCUUGCGAUUUUAAGGAGCCGGUGUUGCUCAUUGGUGAAACUGGAGGAGGAAAGACUACGGUUUGCCAACUCUUAGCUGCGAUUAGGAAGCAGCGAUUGAGUAUCAUUAAUUGUCAUAUGCACACGGAGGCUUCGGAUUUUCUUGGGAGUCUUCGUCCAGUCAGGGAACAUCAGAGUCAGAAGUUGUUCGAAUGGGUCGAUGGUCCUUUGGUGAACGCUAUGAAGGACGGUGGGUUCUUCGUGGUCGAUGAGAUCUCGUUGGCCGACGACAGCGUGUUGGAAAGAUUAAACUCUCUUUUAGAACCUGAACGGAAGCUUCUAAUUGCUGAGAAACAAUCGGAUGAGGAGAACGAGACGGUCACAGCCCACGAAAAUUUCAUUUUCGUCGGUACAAUGAAUCCUGGCGGCGAUUACGGGAAGAAGGAAUUAUCGCCAGCUCUCAGGAAUAGGUUUACUGAAAUUUGGUGCGAGGGUUGCGUGUCGUCGGAUGACUUGAAAUCAAUUAUGGUGCAUAAUCUACGUGAAGAGUUGAAGGAAACAGUUUCCACGGCGAUAAUACAGUUCAUCGAAUGGUUGAAAACUACGGAGAUAGGAAAGAGGCUCGUUGUUAGUGUCAGAGAUAUUUUAACAUGGGUAAACUUCGUCAAUUGUUGCGAGAAUUUCGAAAUAGGAGACGCCUUCUUCCACGGUGCAGCGUUGAGUUACAUCGAUGGGCUCGGGUCUGGUUUGACUGCCGCCGAAAAUACGAGGAAGUUGAAAGAUUUUAAAGAAUCAGCGUUGAAGUUCAUCGAGCAGCAGAUACAAAGUACAUUGAAAUCUAAACUAACGUUGAAUCGCAAUGAAUACGAUGUUGAAAGUCGUGAAGGAAAAUUCGGGAUUCCUCCAUUUUAUAUAAGCAAAGGUAAUGAAGAUAUUCCAAGCAAUGUCGGAUUCGCUUUCAACAAUCCAACGACCAGGUCGAAUACUCUGAAAGUUUUACGCGCUCUACAAUUGAGGAAACCAAUUUUACUGGAAGGCAGCCCCGGAGUCGGGAAGACUAGUCUGGUCUCUGCGCUUGCCAGGGCGUCCGGACAUCGUCUUCUCCGCUUAAAUCUCAGCGAUCAAACGGAUAUCUCUGAUUUAUUCGGAGCCGAUUUGCCAGUGGAAGGAGGUAAAUCUGGUGAAUUCUCUUGGAGGGAUGGCCCUUUUUUAAGAGCUUUAAAAAACGGAGAUUGGAUUCUUCUCGAUGAGCUGAAUCUUGCAUCGCAGUCAGUUCUCGAAGGGUUGAACGCUUGUCUCGAUCAUAGGGGAGAAGUCUAUAUACCGGAGUUAGGGAUGUCUUUCGUUGUGAAGCCAGGGACUCGGCUGUUCGGUUGCCAGAACCCUCUUCGUCAAGGUGGAGGCAGGAGAGGACUUCCAAAAUCGUUUCUGAACCGUUUCACUCAGGUUUUCGUCGACACGCUGGAAAAGGUUGACUUGCAGUGCAUUUUGAAAAUGCAAUUUACUGAAUUACCAGAAGAUCUGAUCGAUAAGAUGAUACAGUUUAACGAAGAACUGAGUUCCCAAAUCGGGACUACUUGGGGUCAUUCGGGGUCACCUUGGGAGAUGAAUUUAAGGGAUCUCACAAGAUGGUGUGAAAUAACGAUCGCUAAUUUUAAACGUGAUUCGAAGAAGACGUUCAAUAUUGGAAACGGGGCUCAAUUGAUUUACGUCGACCGAAUGAGGACGGUUCAAGACAAAAACAAUGUGAAAGAGAUAUACGAUAGGAUAUUCGGUCAGUUCGAUCGAUUGCCAGAGCCUGAGUUCCCGAUUCAUUUAACGAAAGAGAGGGUCUUUUUGGGGAAUGAAAUAUUGGACCGCAGCGACUUUGCGGUCUACGGGAACGAUGAUUUGUUGCUCCUGCGGGAGCAGAAAACCGCCCUCAAGGGGCUUGCGCAGUGCGUGAACAUGAACUGGAUGGCUAUCCUCAUCGGAGGCUCCGGGACUGGGAAGAGCAGCCUCGUUCAUCUCCUCGCAAACUUGGCCGGCCAGAAACUGAAGUCGAUCGUCGUCAACUCUGCGAUGGACACCACGGAGAUCCUCGGUGGCUUCGAACAGACAGACUACAAUCGACAUCUGGAAGAAUUGUUGGAGAGGACCGAGGCACUGCUAAUCAAGAUCUUGAGAAAGAAUUUAGACAAUAAGAAUCUGGAGAACGUAGCCCAUUACCAUGGACUGUUGGAGAACGUUCGACAUUUGUUUGAAGGGGAUGAUAAAACAAUGGGGACGAACAUGUCGACGGAGACGAAGCUGUUUCUACGUAAAACCGAGGAAUUAUCGAAGCUAGUGUCGGCCAUGGGAACGGAGGACGACGAGGAGCUGGCGCUGAUCAACAAAAAGCUGAAUGAUCUAUCGAUUGCUGUGGAGAAGGACAACUGCCUGAACGCUGGAGGAAAAUUCGAGUGGGUGGACAGCGUGUUAGUAAAGAGUUGGUCUAACAAGAAAGCAAUGAAGCACGACCAGGAAAUAGACCUCCAAGAUCUGCUCGGUGUAACUCGGAUCGUGAACGGGACGUCGUUUUUGAAACACGUCUUACUCGACUUCUACGAACGGUCUUUAUUAAAUGAUCUCGAGGUACGUCGUAUCUGGAGUUCGAAAAUCACGUCCAAGUGCGAGUUCGGAUUGAUCGCGGAAAUUAACGAGUGCCUCGGUAACGAAGCCGCUAGUUUGAAAUUCUUAUUCGAAAACAAAUCCGCGGUGGAGGUACCGUUCGGUCUCGUCGAACCCUCGACGGCGAAUAAUUUCGCGAUCGUUUUGUACUUCCGUUUAAUGAUGCUCGAGUGCGGGUCGGAGAGGAAGUUUGUGGCGAACGAGGACGUUAUACGCUUGGAGGAGUACUCGGCGGCCGUACGUUCAGGUAAACUGUCAAGCAACUUGAAGAACGUGCCGUUGAUCCUAAACUUCUCAAACAUGAUCGAGCAAUCAUCGAAAUUCAUUCACUUGCUACUUCGCAACGAGAACUUGUCUCUAACUGACAAAGAGUACGUCGAAGUCCGGGAUGGACUACGAUGGUAUCAGAGGUAUCAGAACCUAGGAACCACGAAGCUAGUUGACAAAACACGAGGAACCUUCUACGACCUGAAAGAAAUCUCUUCAUCGCUAGAAGUCCACUACAAAUGGUUGAGGAAGUUCAUUAAAAAAUUGCUGGCACAUUCCAGCUUGGAGUCAUUCAAUCUCAGUACUCGAACGAAAAUCAAACAUUUUUCUGCUACUUGCUUAAACGAGGUAACCAGCAAUGAUGAUUAUAGGAAAUUCAGGAAGCUCGUGAAGAAGCAACUGCCGAUCCCAUCGCCGCAUCUCUCGGAAAGCUCGAUGAGCUUCGACGAGAAAUUACGGUCGGUAUCCAGGCGACUCCGAGUGACCGACGAGGACCUGAUCGAUCCAUCGAGGACCAAAUGGAAAAUCAUAGUUCUCGCUUUGAACCUGUCCACCCGAAAGAGAUUGAUCGAGAUCUAUGAAAGGGAUUACAAAAUUAAGCUCGACGAGCAUCGAGACUGGUCGCAGGAGCUGACAGAAAUCGAGGAGAUCGCUGUGAGCAUUUCUGAGCCAAGAGAGAACAGCGAUAACUCUGAUAAAAUUGAUGUAAACGUCGAGGCGUGGCCUAUUUACGAAUUCUUCUUCCUGCUUUCCACGUAUCGUUUCUUGAAACUAUUCAAAGAAGACAACAAUAGCCGUGAUUACUGCGAGAAGAUUUACAAGGACGAUGCAUUGAGCAAAUUCGAGGAAGUCCCAACGAUACCAGCUGGUCUGAUUGGUUUGAUCAAAACGUUGAAUUCCCGUGAAACUUCACUGAACCAGUCAGUCUUCUUGCAGCCAGAGUUGCUCUCAUCGUUCUUCAAGUUCGCUCAGCGGUCAUUUGCUAUAGAGAAUUCACAUGUUCUCCUAAACUGGCGUGACAUUAAGGAAACUGAAGAAAUUCUUGAAUUAAAUAAAAAUGAAGAGUCGAAUUUCAUCCACAAUUCAACGCUUUUCAUGCUGAUCUUCGAUCUGCUCUCAAGUAAAUCUGGUAACAGAGGAGAAAUCAAUUUUGGAAACUACAAGAGCCGCAAGAGGAUGUUCGACACACUUCGCGCACUGCUAUGGAAGAACUCUCUGAUUCUGAACUCCCAGGAGUUCGACGUGUGCCGCAACGACGCUUCAUUGCUAAUUCACUGCAUCGACUAUUAUCUAUCCCACGUGGACGAAGUCCUCGACACGUUCCUCAACGAAUAUAACAGCAGGAAGCAAAACGAGAGAUGGCUUCAGUUUCUAAAAGCGAUCAGGUCCCUACGAGAGAUCAAAGAGAGAUCAAAUGAAGGUUUGAAAGCGAUUGACAGAGGGCUUGGCUGGCUAGCUUUGGGUUAUCUGCAGAUGUUCAUUUUCCAGGACCCAGGAACCAUCGACCCGGUACACAAAGUUAUUUUAAAAUCAAAAUACGCACGCGAGGAUGUCAACGGCUUGGAGCAGCUGAUGCUAGUCGAGAAUAUCCAAUGCUCCAUCCUGGGGAUUCGCCUCUCAGACGAGAAGAGAUCGUCCAGGGUAGAUCGUUUGGCAACGAUUUCCAGCAAGGCUAAGAAUCUGGAGAGUCUGCGCGCAGUGAGGCCGGCCUCGAGAUUCCAGAACCUCCGCGAGGAUUUGGAGAACUUCUCGAGCACCGUAGGCUCGUAUGAGACGAUAUUCUGUCACGGCAGACGCUUAAGAAAAGCGAGUGAAUCGAAUAAGGACUUUGAGACGUUGCAAGUAGCGUUCAUUUGGAAGAAGUCGCUGGAGAGAUUCGCCGACAAGCUGGAGAGGAAUUUCUUAGUCGGUUUCCCAGAUGUUGUAUCCCCUGUAAUCACGGCGGUGUCGAACCUAAGGCAUGGCGUGUCGAUUUUAAUCGGAGCAGUGAAGCAUUUUAUGAACUCGACGAAUCGAGACUUAAGCUUGUUACUACGUUUCCCUGUUUCUUCUCAACAAAAUUACAUGAGUCUUGUUGAACAUAGCUUAAAGAUGUACUGUCAAUCGGAGCUGGCUUGUAAAGAGAAACUUAAUCUGCUGAGAAUUUGCUUGAAAGAAAUGGAGAACUUUUCUGCGAUCGGGAAACAAACCGCGUGGAACGUCUUGCAAAAGAGUUUGAAAGAAGUCAGGAGCGUCUGGAUGGAACAGGAGACACAGAGGGAGACUCUGGCGAGGGAGAAGGAGAACAUGUAUGAUAUGAGAGUUGCAACGAAGUUAGAAGAGGAGGAGGAAUACGAGAAAGCGUUUCCAGAUCACCAACAGGACUUCAUAGAAUUCUCGGACUUACAGAAACCUCUGAAUGAAGUACAAAAAGCGCCUGAAGAUAAAGAAACCUUCGUAGAACUGAUAUCUACUAUGGACGCUAGGAUUAUUCAAGAAAUGCAUUGGAACAUUUUGAACAACUGUUCUGGAGAAGAUUCUAUAAAAAUCGAACCGGAUUUCGUCGGUCCUUUGGUGCAGAGAUUUGAGAUUUAUGGCCCCCAGCUGAAAACUUUAGAAGAUUCCCAUUUGGUAUCUAGUUUGCUCGUUCUGAUAGCGCAGAAAUCGAAUUUCGGGGAUAGAAAUACUAAAAAAGGGGUGUAUGAUUUCUACAGAGAUCCGAACGUGGCAGAAGUCGAAGAGUGUCAGUCUCUGUUCGACAGACUCCAACUGAGAGUGAACGAAUUUCUAGAAGAGUGGCCGGAGAAUCCGAUUUUGAACUCGAUCAAGGUGAUCGUCGACAGGCUCUUAGGCUUCCCGGUGGACUCCUCCUUGUCCAAAUUUCUAGUCGGCGUGGAAUUAUUGCUGACGAAGAUCAAGCAGUGGGAGGAGAACGCUAGGCAUGAUGUGAGCUUGGCAGAGUUCGUUGAGGCUUUCGGGGAGAAGGUUCUCCGCUGGAGGAAGCUAGAGAUUUCAAGGUGGAAAGACUCGCUGGAGGUACUUGAGGAUGAUUUAAAAACGGAAGCUUCGAGGUGGUGGUUCUUCCUAUUCGAUUUAGUAGACGAGUACUCUAACGAGCUGAGCAGUAAAACAGUGGAGAGUUUGGAACGUUUCUUAACGGAGUCGCCUCUGAUUGAAUACGAAGCAAGACUCCGAUUGGUUUAUCUGUUUUAUCGCCAUGUCCGUGCAGGUCCUGACGCUGCGAGACAAGACGAGCUCUCACGUAUCCUUUGGAACGUUUUCUUCUAUUAUAGUCGAUUCUUAAACGAUGUCAAGGCUAAGAUACAGGCUUUGAAGGAGCCAGUCGCUAAGAAGGUGAAGGAUACUAUAAAAAUUACUAGAUGGAACGAUGUGAGUUACUGGUCAGUGCGAAACACCGCCGAGAAGACUCGGAGAACCUUGCAUAAGUUCGUUAGAGAGUUCAAGAAGGGUCUGCAACAAAACGUCGCCUGCUGUCUGACUCUGAAGUCAAAAGUCGAACCGUUGGAAACGAGUUCCAGGAGAGAACUCAGGGUUUGUGAUUUCUUGAUCGAAACGAAACCUGGAAAACAGAAUAAAACUGAGAAACUCGUUCAAAAAGCCCGUCUGUUUUGCGAAGAAAUCAUUACAAGCAGUAACUACGAUUCCAUUCGAAGAGACAUUGAAACUUUCAUAGAGGAGAGCUUGGAGGAAAGCAGAAGACUUAGGAAUGUUGAAGUGGACAAGAGCCUGACGAAGGCCAAGCAGCAAGCUCAAUUGAAAAGCAUACUUCAACAGAAGAAAAUGGCGUUGGCGAAUUAUUUCAAAACGCUCAGUCGUCUAGGUAUCUCUUACAGAAAAGGGAUCUUAGCUUGGAAGAAUCGUAAAGAAACUGUAAUUAAUUUUAAGACUAUGGUGUUGGAUCUUGAACGCAUACAGAGAUUAAAAUGUGGCCAGGAGUUUGAGAAUCUGGACAUUGCGCUGAUGGAGCAGUGGUCCGGCUGCGAGAAAUAUUACUACGAGUCUCUGGUUAAAUUAAACUCCCUCGACAGCAUUUUUAGCACUGGACGAUCAGUUUUGGGAAUGCAGGACGCGGAACGUUGCCGCGGAUUCUCUGCUCACUUGAUGCUGCUGGUCCAUAAACAGAAAGAAACCGUCGCUGAUUUCUUUAACUUCUUCUUACCCUUCAGAAUACAAGCGACGAACCUAGCGUUGAUGAUGAAAGACACUCGGGAAAUAACGAACAUUGUAAAUGUCCCUGGAGACCUCGUCGACAGAUUUCUGGAGUUAUUAAUAGAAUUGGAAAUAUCUAUCAGGCAGAUUAUAAUCGUUUUGGAAAGUUGUCCAGUGGAGUCUCUCGCAGAUGAGGAUUCUCUAGAUUUAAAUGAAACUGUGGUACCAGUACUGCAAGAUGGCAGCGUUUCUAGAGACUUGCUCAGCUCUAUGAGAGACUCAUUACAUUUGGUGCAGAACCUAGCGAAAGAACUGAAUGCAUGGAUUGCCGUCUCGAGACCCGUUAAAGAAAAGAAUUCGAAGUUCCUGUUCCAUCGAAGGCACCUGGAGUUCUUACGAAAGGGUUACCAAACGAUUGAGAGAGUCAAGGAGAAACUGGAUGAACUCGGCGGCGCUUUUCAUUACAAUCAUCCUAUCUACGACCAUGAAUUGAUAGAAGCGAUUAAUAAUAGCAGAGAACUGUUCAAAUCAACGCUUGAUUGUAUAGAAGAUGUCGAGGAGUAUAGAAUUACUGAUUUGGAAGACUUUGAAAUGCAUCCAGACCACAUCACAGGGUCCAGAUCGAAUGUUCUCAAUGCACUGAUUAAACAAAUUCUUUUGGCUGUUCAAAAGAGGCAGGAGAAUCAGAAGUCAAUCGAGGUGACGAGUGAUGACGUUAACGAGGAAGAUUUUAAAGAAAACCUGAUGACAGAUGAAUUAAUCGAAUCUCUGAGGAACGUUGUCCAGGAUUUGAGACUAACUACUGUGUGGGAUAGACUGUCAAAGCUAGUAGAUGCUAUUAAUUCUGGGAAUGAUAGAUUGGCGAAUAUGUACAUGAGAUUACUGUCGCAGUACGUACCUCUCUUACAGCAGUAUACCUUACUUCUGCAUUAUUACUUGUAUGAGCAAGUGGCAUCCUUCCGGUUAACAUGCAAAUUCCUGUACCUGCAAUUGAACGUAUUCCUCGACUUGGCGACCAACGGUUUCUGUCAGCCGGAUGACGCGGACGGCGCUCAGGACGAGGGCGAAGGGGGCACCUCCGAGGGAGGGAUGGGAUUAGCCGAGGGCGAGGGUAAAAAGGACGUCUCAGACAGGAUCGAAAGCGAGGAUCAACUGGAAGACGCUAGACAACCGAACGAGGAGGAAAAAGAGGAGAAGAAGGACACGAAGGAGGAAGAGAAAGGCAUAGAGAUGUCGGAGAACUUCGAGGGUCACUUGGAAGACCUCGGGGAACGUGAGGAGAACGAGGACAACGAUGAGGAUGACGAUUUGGAUAAGGAGAUGGGUGAGACUGACGAAACGGCGGAAAAAUUGGACGAAGAGAUUUGGAAGGACGAGGAGGAGGAGAAUAACGAGGAAGAAAGUCGGGAGGAUCAGAAGGAGGAGAGGGGGACCGGUGAGAAAACCGGGCAGGAAGAACUGGGCGCGGGAGACGAUAAUGAGAAGAGUAAUAAGGAUGAGGAGCAGAAAGAUGGAGACAGGAAGGAAGAAGAGAAAGAGAUAAACGAGUUCAAGGAACCUGAAGUGGACGACGAUCAGGUGGACCCUUAUCACGGUAACACUCAGCCGGAAGUUGAACCGGAAGCGUUCGAUCUGCCGGAAGAUGUUAAUCUUGACGAGGAGGCGAAAGAGGAGGAUGGCGCUAACGAAGAAGAUCCUUUCGAUAUUGAUCAGAUGAAAGACUCCAAGCUUCCAGAAGAGAGGGAAGAGGAGUUGGAAGAGACGAAGGAAGCUGAGGAUAACGAGCAGCAGAAUUCCAGCGGCGAUGAAGACGAAGAAGGAGACCAAGAAGAUGCGAACAGAAAGGGUGACGAGAAAACAGCGGUGGAUCCUGAAGAGGAGAAAGAGGAUGCUGAGAAAGAAAAUGAAGAGCAGAAUGAGAUGGAGGAGGGCGAUAAGGCUCCCGCUAGUUUCGACGUGGGUAGCAAGCAAGUUGACGCUUCAGAGGAAGUUCAAUCAAAGAAAGAUGGUUCCAGAGAUGCUGUGGAGAGCCAAUCGAAUCAAGAACAAAUGGACAUUGAUUCUACGGAAAGUAGUGUGAACGAAAACAAAGACAAAGGAACCGGUCAGUCUCAGACGGAAGAACGCGAAGGUCAUUCCGGAGCCAAACAGGAGGAGGACGCUCCCGCCUCCAGCGAGAAGGACUCAAAAUCCGCUCCACAGCGAAGGAAACCGGGAAAGAGCGACGAGAACCGCAGUCUUCUCGACGACGACGCUGCAUCCGCCCCGAAGAAGUUAAAAACAGACGCGAUGCAACGAAAUUUAGACCAGGAAGAAGAGGAAAGGGAGAAGCAGAAAGGCGGUGAAAGCGAAGCGUACGAGCAUAUUGAGAAUUCCGAGAAAUUCGACGAUUACGUUUUCGAUGCCGCUACCGAAGAGCAAAUCAAAAAGCAGGCGUCGAACUUAGAAGAAGAUAAAGAGAAGCAAGCGGAUGAUGACGUUGAAAUGCACGAGGAUACCGAAGAGCCAAUGGAUCAGGAAGAAGAAACUCGAAAAGAGAAAGCUGAGAAAGUGGCUGACGGUAAAAAGGACAAAUCUACGAGCGCCAAAGGCGACAGGUCAGACGAGGUCGAGCAGAUCGACUUAACCGGCGAGGUCGAGGGUGAAACUGUGGAAACAACUCGAGUUUUACGAGGAAACGAAUCGUCUAUCCACACAAAGUUAGAUGAAACCGAAUCCUUCGAUAUUUCCACGUGCGAUAUCGUGCAGAAGAGAUCAGAAAUCGAGAGUAUGUUAGCUAAAUGGUCUCAGGGGCCGUCCUCGGUCGAGGCGGCCAAUGCUUGGAGCUCGAUCACCGCGCUGACAGAAUCUGCUGCCAGAGAAUUGUCGGAGAAGCUACGAUUAGUAUUGGAACCGACGCUGACUUCCCGUUUGAAAGGCGACUACAGGACCGGCAGGCGCAUAAACAUGAGGAAAGUGAUACCGUACAUCGCCAGCGAGUUCCGGAAGGACAAAAUCUGGCUAAGGCGCACGAAACCUUCCAAAAGAGACUAUCAGGUCGUAUUGGCCAUCGACGAUUCCAGCAGCAUGGCUGACAAUCAUUCGAAGGAGCUGGCGUUCGAAUCGUUGUCGUUGAUCGGCAAAGCUAUGAGUUAUCUGGAAGUCGGCCAGCUCGCUGUUGUCAAUUUUGGAGAACGCGUCAACAUACUUCAUCCGUUUGGGGAGAACUUCACAGAUGAAAGCGGCGCUAGAUUGAUUCAAGAGAUGAAGUUCGAACAAAAGAAGACGAUGAUUGGGCAGCUGCUUGACUUCAUAAUAGAGAUGUUCGCGUCUCAAGGAAAUACCUCCGAUAAUGCGAAAUUGGUAACUAUUUUAUCGGAUGGCAGAGGGAUAUUUUCUGAAGGAGUGGAAAAUGUAUCCACGGCCGUGAGGAAAGCGAAAUUGUUGAAUAUUUUCCUUGUUUUCAUCAUAGUCGACAAUCCCCUUAACAAGGAUUCAAUACUGGACAUAAGAAUGCCAAUUUUUGAAGGUGGUAAACUGUUGGGCAUACGUUCUUACAUGGACAGCUUCCCAUUUCCGUUUUAUAUUAUUCUUAGAGAUUUGGAUACUUUGCCUGCAGUACUGAGCGAUGCUUUAAGGCAAUGGUUCGAAAUUGUUGGCAGGAUCGAUACGUGAAAUAUUAUUUUAUACAUUCUGAUUGCGCAAUCACUAGACAAAUAAACAAUUAUUUUCGUA